AUGUCUCGCAAAUACCAAAGUUUAUUAGAAGCUUAUCAACAUCAAGUAUCAACUAGACCAAAAGAUAAAGUUCUUUUGAUCCCCAACGGUACAAAAUAUGAAGAAAUUAAUCUUCAAGAUUUGGAUAUUAUUAUCAAUAAAUACGUUAAUUAUUGGAAUAAACAUUUGAUGAAUGAAAAUUUGGGCAAAAAUAGCGUGAUUGGCUACUUGGCACCAAGUGAUCCUGAAUACUUGUUUAACUUUAUGGCCUUAUGGAAAUUGGGUUUUCAAAUCUUAUUCCUUAGCCCUCGAAAUUCUGAACCUGCUUUGAUUAAUUUACUUCAAGAAGUUAAAUCGCGUAUACUUAUUUACGAUCCUCAACUUUUAAAAAUUUCACUGAAUGUACAAAAUAAAAUCAAUUCUCAACGUCCACAAUCGUUCAACAUUUUUCAACUUCCUAAUAAUUUAAAAAAUGAUGCAAUUGACUAUUUCGCCCCUGUUCUAAAAUUGGAUGAAAAUCCUUAUGACAAAACUAUUGCUAUUUUUCAUAGUUCCGGUUCAACCUCAUUUCCUAAAUUGAUUCCUCUACCCAAUCGUUAUUUUUUAAAUGCAACCGAAUCAAAUCAAAUUCAUGAUAUUAUUUUAUCAACUUCUCCACUAUUUCAUGCUUAUGGAAUCUUGGUCGCAUUAAAAUCUAUUUUAAGUCCUGGUUCAGUAUACGCAUUUCCAAUUGUUGCAGGUUCAAUCCCUUUAGUUAAUGAA